UGUCGUCAUCUCCGAUCCGUGUCACGAUUUUGCAUUCCGUUGUUUUUAGUUUUUGUUUACAGCAUGGACCAAAGAACCGAGAAGGGGGUGGCACUGCUCUGGUUAAAUAACUGAGUGUGACCACCAAGCCCAUUAAUUGCACCAAAGUACGGGAAUUCCGAAGUACGACCAUCUCUGGAAAGAUAAAUGUAAGUAGCGACAGUUGUCUGCCUCGAUCCAAUUCCAGGUCCAAAAGGUUGCUGACUGACACUUUAAAAAGAACCAGGAGUUGGUGCUGCUUGUCAGGAUGCAUGCAUUAUUUAAGCUUGCGUUAGUACCACCAUGCAUGUGCAUUUGCAUCAUGAUGCUGCCAUUCAUUUUCUUCUUUUCACCGAUGAUAUUUGCUGUAGUAGGACUCAUAUUCUUACGUCCAGACCUUGUGUUUGUACUUUACACACGUUUUAAAAUGUGGCACAUUGGUUUUCGAACUAGUUCUGUCACUGUUAGCAACUACACCUUUAGCUACGCUGAGAGAGGAAAACAAGAUCCCUCCAAACCAACUAUGCUAUUCCUGCAUGGCUUCUCUGCUGCUAAAGACAUGUGGUGGCCAUUUGUCAAGAAUCUGCCAAAUGAUUGGCACAUUAUGGUAGUGGAUAUGCCUGGACAUGGUCACACUACUCGUAAGAUGAGUGAUAGCUUUUCAUUUGCUGCUCAAGCUGCUAGAAUUAGACAGUUCACACAGGCAGUUGGUAUGCGCAAAAGACCAUUCCACAUGGUUGGUAUAUCAAUGGGAGGUGGUGUAGCAGGAAUCUAUGCUGCCAAGUAUUCAGAGGACCUAGAAAGACUUACCAUGCUAUGCCCAGCAGGAAUCAAUUCCAAGAUACCCAGUGAGUUUGAGCUUGCUGUGAGAGAUGGACGAUUGAAGAAAGGGAUGCUACCAGAGAAAGAGGAGGAAUAUGUUAAGAUGAUGCCAUUCUUGUUGCAUGAGACUCCUAAAGUACCAAACCUUUAUUGGAAAGGAAUGAGACUCCUAAGGAAAAAUAACAAUGCAUUCUACAGAAAAGUUAUUAACGAUAUGAUGGCUCCAGCUUCCAAAGAUUCAUUGCGUUCCAACAUGGGAGCUAUCACUGUUCCUUCACUGGUACUAUGGGGUCAACAUGAUAAGCUACUUCAUCCAUCGGGGGCUGAUGUUUUAAAAGAAGGUAUUCCUGGCAGUGAGGUCCACGUCCUAGAGAGAGCUGGACAUUCUCUUCACUUGGAGCGACCCUACAAGACAUCCAAACUUCUGUGUCAGUUUGCUGAAGAUGGCUACUAUUAAAGACAUGAACAUCUUUGGUAAUUGUCAAAGACCAGUCUUUACACUUGCUGUAUGUCAACAUAUGCAUGAAAUAACAAACCUGUG